CAAAAUAUCAUCACGUCAGCGUAAAGCUCUGCUACGCUUCAGCCUCUUCAUCGACGACCGAGUAGUGAGUAGUCCACGACUGCAGCGGCGUACCGCUGCGACUCGCCCCCGCCCAACGGCCACCCGCACCUCUCACGACUCAGCCAGUGUUUGUUACUAGCAGAGACUAUUUGGGUUGCGUAACUAUCCAAGAUGACAAGUGAAGACGUUGGACAAGAGCAAGACAAUUCCUUCCCCGAUGGCUUCAAUUUGAAUUAUCUCAAAGUUUAUUAUGGAAAGCUUUUUCCAUAUGUUGAUAUGUUUAAAUGGCUUUCUUAUGGAAAUGAUGGAAAGCAUCCUGGAUGUGACCAGUCAUACUUUGGACGUAGAGAAUUUUCAUUCACUUUAGAUAAUAACAUAUAUCUGCGGUUUCAAUCAUUCAACAAUGCUUAUGAUUUGGAAAAAUCCAUCAAGGAGAAGUGUCCGUUCAAAAUUGACAUUGGAGCUGUUUAUAAUGUGGAUCCAGCAAAAAGGCACGCCUAUGCACAAGGCGAUAAUAGCUUCACACCGAUUGAGAAGGAGCUGGUCUUCGAUAUAGAUAUAUCAGAUUAUGAUGACUCCAGGUAUUGCUGCAAAGAAGCUAAUACUUGCUCUGACUGCUGGACACUGAUGACAGUUGCUAUUAAAGUCAUUGAUACUUCUCUCAGAGAGGACUUUGGUUUCAAUCACAUUCUCUGGGUUUACAGUGGUCGGCGUGGUGUCCAUUGUUGGGUAUGUGAUGUAAAAGCUAGAAGGUUGAAUAACGAACAAAGGGCUGCUGUAGCUGAUUACUUUCGUGUCUACAAGGGAAACGAGAAUAGCAAUCGAAAAGUUUCUCUCAUGGGUCCAACACUUCAUCCUUUCCUCGUGAGAUCUUACACAGAUGUCUUGAAGGAUUUUUUUGAGAAAAGACUGCUUGUAAGUCAAAAUUUGCUCUCAAGCCAGGAAAGAUGUGAGGAGAUGCUAAAAUUGAUUCCUGAUGAGCAUAUUGCAUCUGAACUCAGAUCAAGGUGGCAGGAAAAUAAACGUGUCAAAGAGGACAUUAAUGUUUACAGAUGGGAACAACUAAAACACCUGCUACAAUCUGGUAAACACAAGGCCCAGGGGAUUCGCAGGUGUGUUGAAGAGAUUGUGUUUUCUUUUGCCUACCCCAGGCUUGAUAUGGAGGUUUCAAGAAAAUUGAAUCAUUUAUUGAAAGCACCAUUCUGCGUGCACCCCCAAACAGGCCGUGUCUGUAUUCCUAUUGACCCCAAUGAAUGUGAAGAAUUUGACCCCUCUGCUGUGCCAACUCUUUCACAACUUCUUGGAGAACUUAACAGGGGAGGCUCUAGAGCUGAGAUGAAUAAUGAAUGGGAUGGAACCUCACUCGGGAAAUCAGUCACAUAUUUCAGAAAUUCCUUCUUGCAACCCUUGCUAAAAUCCUGCAAGGAUGAUAUAGAAAGCCGGUACAGUGAGAAAGUUCAACACGGAAAGAACUUGCUAAGCUGGUAGUGCUAUUAUAUUCCAAAUAUCUAUAAAUAUAAUAUCAGUCAUCUCUUGUUCUUCUUACAAGUGUCCUUUGUAAGGUAUAUAAAACAUGACAGCUAUGUAUGUACUCUAAUAUAUAUGGUUGGGAAGAUUGUAAUAUGCACUCCAAUCAUUGUUCAGACAUUAAAGAAGUUGGUAGUGUAUCUGUUUAACUGUGUGAUUGCUUGCUUCUUUCAUUAAUGGAGACAUCCACAUAUUUGGGAAAUAGCUGGUAUUUUCCUGCUAUAAAGAAGUUUGUUUUUUCCUAUAAUUAUACUUCCUCC